CACACACACACACACACACGGUCUGAGGGAGCAGAACUAAUUAGCUUCCUGCCUUAGGGAAGGAGACGUUUCCUUUUUCCUCUUCUGUCCAGUGGCUUUGGGAUACACGUCUAGCCCCGCCCACUUCCUUGCUGGACGCCACUUUCUGAAAGUCAAGUCCUUCAAGGAUCGUCCAGGUGAUGCUGGUCUUCUUCUGACCGUCCAAUCCUCCUCAUCAUGAUCCCGCUACCAAGCCUCCCACCAUUCUUAAAGGAAGCCCAAGAUUCGCUACCCUCUUUGAACUCCAUCUUCACCAAAAACGGCACCGCAGGCAACUUCUUCCACGGACUAGUGGACACAAUUCCCUUGACUCCAUGGCCCAUCAAACUGGGGGCGGGUCUGACCGUGGUCCUGGUGCUGGGGCUGCUGGUCUGCGUGUGCAUCUACUGCUGCAAGAGCCGCAGGAGGAAGAGACGCAAGAAGAAGCAGGACAAACAGGUCCAACUGGCACCGCUGAGCGGGCAAACCUCCGCCACGCUGGUUCAACCCGGCGCAGGCUGGACUUCUAGCGCCAAGAAUCAGCCACGAGGGAAGCUGCUCUACUCUCUGGAGUUCAACGCCGCCCUCAGCCAGCUGACGGUGGGCGUCAAACAAGCCUGCAACCUGAAGGCCAUGGACAUCGGGGGAAGCUCAGACCCGUACGUGAAGGUCUACCUCCUCCCCGACAACACCAAGACUUGCGAGACCAAAGUGCUGAAGAACAGGCUGGACGCCGUCUUCAACGAGCACUUCGAGUUCCAGGUCUCCAAGGCGACGCUGCUCAAGUCCACGGCGGUCUUGCAGGUGUUCGAUUUCGACAGGUUCUCCAAGCACGACAUGAUCGGCGAGCUCAGGGUGAACCUGGGCCAGGUGGACUGGAACCACGUCAUCGAGGAGUGGCGAGAGCUUCAGGAGCCCUCCGCCAUGGAGGAGGAGAACCUCGGCGAAAUCUGCUUCUCGCUGCGCUUCGUCCCCACCUCCAGCAAACUGACCGUGGUCAUCCUGGAGGCCAAGAACCUCAAAAGCACGGACUUGGACGGCAGAUCAGAUCCCUACGUGAAGGUGCAGCUGGCCCUGGACAGGAGGAAGUGGAAGAAGAAGAAGACGACGGUGAAGAACAACACCUUGAACCCGUACUACAACGAAGCGUUCACCUUCAAAGUCACCUUCGAGCAAAUACGGCGGGUCAACUUGGUAAUUUCUGUGUGGGACCACGACCCCUUAACGCCAAACGACCCGACGGGGAAGAUCUUCCUGGGCAACGACGCGGCGGGCAACCAGCUGAGGCACUGGGCAGACAUGCUGUCCAACCCUCGGCGCCCGGUGGCACAGUGGCACACGCUGCUGUCCCCCCAGCAGGUCAACGCCAGCCUGACCCUGAAGAAGAAGAUCCCUCUGGGGAAGAAGUUGCCUUUCUGAAAUUGCUCCUUUUGAAACUUAGCACAGCGCCCCCUGCUGGCUGUGAGGAGCACUGGGGUGACAUCAGAGCAAUCUGAUUGGACGCUUGGUAAGUGCUAUGAUCGUGAGAAUGAUUCCAAUAAAAACAGAAGAUCUUCCU